AAGACGAAAGGAUUUCACAAAUUAAAACUCAUCAAGGGCCGAAAAAAAAAGAAGAGAUAAAUCAAGAAACGAGCAGCAGCAGGAGACGGGAGCGAGAAGCAGGAGGCGCAGCAGCUGCUCCGCGACAGAGAGGAAUUCAAACACUUGGCCAGCCUGAUGACGCCGACUGCGACGGCGACGGCGACUGCGCCGGCGACUGCGACGGCAACGCUGGCGACACUGGAGCUGGAAUAUUUCCGUGCCAUCUCGCUCUAUCGACGGCGCAGCUACGAGAGAUGCGCCGAGGCAUGCAAUGCGCUGCUCCAAGCCGGCCAUGACAACAAUGUGCAAAUCUUUGCCAAGCCGACGCAGCAGGCGGAGGAAGGGCAGCAGCAGGAGGAGCAGCGGAAGCAGCGGGAGCAGCAGCUGGCCGAGCACGAGUCGAGCCACAGUCGAUACGGUAGCAAUUUGCAGCGCAUUGGCCCCAGGCGACGUGUACACGAUGGAGUCGCCGCCUCAGCCUCAUCCGCAGCCUCCAUAAUGCCCACCUGGCUGAUGGAGGGCGUCUGGCAAUUAAAGAUGCGCGCCCUGACGCAGCGCGUCUACCUGGACGAUCUUGACGUGGACGAUGCGGACGAUGCGGCAAACGAGGAGGUGGAAUUCGAGCGGAUCGCGACAGCGGCACGACCCGGCAGCAGCAUCAAGACCGCCUUCCUGCCGCGUCCCAGCACCAGCCAGCGACGCCUGGCGACGGGCCUGAGCCGCUCCAGCGACAGCGCACGGCCCGGCUCGGCACAGACACGACCCGGCACGGCCGUCAGCCGGCCGGGCUCCGCGCUGGGCGCACGUCCCGCCUCGCGCUGCGGCACCGCGUCCCGGGUGCGCGCCACCUCGGCGGCGGCUUUCAAUGUGGGCGAUGCGACGGCCGCGCUGUACCAGGCGUCGCGUCUCAAUCCGACCAUCUAUGCGGAGCGCGAGGCCAUUGUGAAGGCGCUGUUCCAGUUCCUCUACUACCACGAGGCGGACGUCCAGAAGGCGCACUCGCUCUGCCAGGCGGUGCUCGACGUGCAGCGCCAGCAGCGGCCCGGCCACGCCCAGGGAGCGCUGGCCACGCCCGCGGAUGCCGCUCGCACGGAUUGGUGGUGGCAACAGCAGCUGGGCCGCUGCCUGCUGGCGCUGCAUUAUACGCGACGCGCGGAGCCGGCGCUGCAGCAAUCGCUGGCGGCAUUCCCGCAUCCGGACACGUAUCUGCUGCUCUCGCGCCUGUAUCAGCGCCUGCGACAGCCGGAGCGUGCCCUGCUGCUGAUCGGGCAGGCCGUGGAGCGGCAGCCGUUCGAUGUGGCCUUUCGGCUGGAGCAGGCGCGCAUCCAUGCGGCCAUGCUGCAGCAGGAGGAUGCACUGCAGCUCUAUCGGCUGGCGGCCAAGCUGCAGCCCAUCAAUGUCGAGGCGCUGGCCAGCAUUGCCGUCGGCUACUUCUACGACAACAAUCCGGAAAUGUCGCUCAUGUACUACAGACGCAUCCUCUCCCUCGGCGUCCAUACCUCCGAGCUCUACUGCAACAUUGCCCUCUGCUGUCUCUAUGGCGGCCAGAUUGAUCUGGUCCUGCCCUGCUUUCAGCGCGCGCUCCAGAUGGCCACGCAGCCGGAGCAGAAGGCCGACGUCUGGUAUAACCUCAGCUUUGUGGCCGUGACAUCGGGCGACUUCAACCUGGCCAAGCGCUGCCUGCAACUGUGCCUCACCGCCGACGCACGCGAUGGAGCUGCUCUCAACAAUCUGGCCGUGCUGGCGGCGCACUGCGGCGACAUUAUGGGCGCCAAGUCCUAUCUGAAUGCCGCCAAGGACGUGCUGCCCGAUGCCGGCGAGGUGAACGCCAAUCUGCAGUACAUGGAUCUCAACUACAAACUCUAGAGAGGAACUGUUUCAACUUGGUUUAUUUGCAAAUAUAUAUCAAUACAUUAAAAUAAUCCCCC